AUGACCAAGAAGAGGAGGAACAACAGGCACGCCAAGAAGGGCCGUGGCCACAUGCAGCCCAUCCGCUUCACCAACUGCGCCUGCUGCGUGCCCAAGGACAAGUCCAACAAGAAGUUCAUCAUCCGCAACAUGGUGGAAGCCGAGGCCAUCAGGAACAUCUUCAAGGCUAGUGUUUUCGACUCUUAUGUGCUCCCCAAACUGUAUGUGAAACUGCAUUACUGUGUGAGCUGCAUAAUCCACAGCAAGGUAGUGAGGAAUCUGUCUUGUGAGGCACAAAAGGAUCGAACACCCCCACCCUGCUUCAGACCUACUGAUACUGCCCCCAGACCCCCUCCAAAGCCAAUGUAA